AUGGAGUGGGAUGAGGGAUGCAGCCCGGGAGCCGCGGCCGGCAGGGACGUCAUGCCCCCAGGAGGCCACAGGGGGGAGCUGUGGCUCUGCUCAGGGCUGCCAGAGCCGGCGCGGGGGAGGAGAGGGCGGAAAAUAUACUGUAGUAAAGCGAUGGUGGAAGGGGAAAGGGAGGGGGCCGGCAGCCGGCUCCUUACCUUACUCACCUCCAAGGAGGUCGACUCUUCUCCAACACCUGAACAGACCCAAGUACUAAGGCCUGUGAAAGCAUGGCUGAACUUCACAAUGGAAUGCCGGCUGCCUCGAUCCAGGAACCAGCUUAGAGGUGCACCUGCGGUCAGAGCCAAGAGCCAGUGUGCAAUCGAAGGCGUGGACGCCCCGUGCUGCUCAGAAGCUAGACUGAAGUGCUGGGAUGACCGCCCCGCCUUCUGA